AUGGUGAGGGUCAGUGUGCUCAAUGAUGCGCUCAAGUCCAUGUACAAUGCUGAGAAGAGGGGGAAAAGGCAGGUCAUGAUCAGGCCGUCAUCCAAGGUGAUCAUCAAGUUCUUGACAGUCAUGCAGCGUCAUGGCUACAUUGGUGAGUUCGAAUAUGUGGAUGACCACCGUGCUGGGAAGAUUGUGGUGGAACUGAAUGGAAGACUAAACAAAUGUGGUGUUAUUAGCCCUCGCUUUGAUGUUGGCGUAAAGGAGAUCGAAGAAUGGACUGCGAGGCUGCUCCCAUCUCGUCAGAUCAGCAAUUUUGAGUACUUAAUGGAACUUAACACACUGGCUGGGCGCAGUUACAAUGACAUUACUCAGUACCCUGUUUUCCCCUGGGUAGUAGCAGAUUACAAAUCCCGAGUGUUGAAUCUGGAUGAUCCUUCGUCGUAUCGAGAUCUUUCAAAGCCAAUUGGAGCACUAAACCCUGAACGUCUAAAGAAGUUCCAAGAACGGUACUCUACAUUCGAGGAUCCAAUCAUCCCAAAGUUUCAUUAUGUUUCACAUUACUCCAGCGCUGGCACGGUCUUGUAUUACCUUUUCAGAGUGGAGCCUUUUACAACACUGUCUAUACAACUGCAAGGCAGCAAAUUUGACCAUGCUGAUCGCAUGUUUUCUGAUCUUUCUGGUACAUGGGAUAGUGUUCUUGAAGACAUGAGUGAUGUAAAAGAGCAUGUUUUCAUUGUAGUUUUCAUGUUGAACAUGUAG